AUGGCGACGACCGCUGCUGGCCCGUCGCGACCCAGUCGCCUUUUCUAUAUCAACGACAAGGCAAGCGGCUUCCGUUUCCUUGUUGAUACCGGUGCCGAGGUCAGUGUCAUCCCGCCUCUAAGGCGUCACCGCCUCAAGCCUUUGCAAUUCUCAUUGCAGGCUGCAAAUAGCACUACAAUCAGCACCUACGGCCAACGGUCCAUCACCUUAGAUCUGGGUCUCCGGCGACGUUUUCAAUGGUCUUUAUUGAGGCUGACGUCAAAUCGCCUAUUAUCGGGACCGACUUUUUGUCAUCUUUCGGCUUAACACUCGAUGUCAGACACCGUCGCCUCCCAGAGACAACCACCCAACUCUUUACCAUAGGUACCAUUAGCUCUGAACUUUCGGCUGACAUUCAUCUCACGAUCCCCAGCACCCCUUUCGCUGACAUUUUGAAGGAAUACCCGUCCAUGACUAAACCAUGUCAUUUUACCGAAGCCGUUCAACACGGAGUGAAACACCACAUUGUCACGGCAGGGCAACCAGUGCACGCUCCUCCGCGUAGACUCCACCCUGAGAAGCUCCGAAUUGCAAAGAACGAAUUUGAACAUAUGAUGAAUCUGGGUAUUAUGCGCCCUUCAUCUAGCCCAUGGACCUCACCACUGCACAUGGUGCCAAAGAAGUCCUCUGACGAUUGGAGACCGUGCGGUGAUUAUCGAGCCCUAAACAGCUCCACAAUCCCUGACCGGUACUCCAUUCCUCACAGUCAUGACUUUUCCCGCAUGUUGGCCGGUAAAACUAUUUUUUCCAAGAUAGACCUCGUCAGGGCGUACCACCAGAUCCCGGUCGCUGAGGAAGAUAUCCCAAAGACUGCUAUCACGACACCCUUUGGGCUGUUCGAAUUUAUUCGCAUGCCUUUUGGUUUGCGCAAUGCUGCCCAGUCGUUUCAGCGCUUUAUCGAUGAGAUCUUGCGAGGCCUUCCAUUCGCUAACGCCUACAUCGACGACAUACUCGUCGCAAGCUCUUCGGCAGAAGAACAUGCCUCGCAUUUACGCCUCAUAUUCGAUCGUUUCCAGCAACACGGUUUGCAAUUAAACGUCGACAAAUGCGUUUUUGGCGUUAAUUCUCUCGAUUUUCUUGGCCAUUACGUCGACCAGCACGGAAUCACUCCACUUACAGAGAAGGUGCAAUGCAUCUUGUCUUUCCCUGUUCCCAACACACUCGCUCAGCUGCGACGUCUCAUAGGCCUUAUGAACUAUUACAGACGUUUUAUUCCCCAUUGUGCGGCAAUUCUGGCUCCCUUGACCGACCUUUUGAAGUCGAAAGCAAAACCUAUUGAACUUUCACCGGCAGCCCAUACAGCUUUUGAGGAAGCGAAGAAGGUUCUUGCCGAUGCCACCAUGCUGCACCACCUCAGUUCUGACGCUCAUGCACAGCUCAUUUUGACCACUGACGCUUCCAGCAGUGCUGUCGGCGCAGUCUUGCAUCAACAGGUGAAUAACCAGUUGCAGUCUUUAGCUUUCUUUUCAUAGAAGCUACAACCGGCGCAGACUCGCUACAGCACUUUCUCUCGCGAGCUCCUUGCCAUCUACUUGGCCAUACGUCACUUUCGAUACCUUUUAGAGGGCAGCGACUUUUCGAUCUACACCGACCACAAACCUCUCACUUACGCCCUCAAGUCCAAGCCAGAUCGGUACUCGCCCAGGGAAGUUCGUCACCUGGACUAUAUAUCGCAGUUUACUGCAAAUAUCAGCUACGUCUGA